AUGUCUGUCCUCAGCUGUACUAACUAUUUGCUUAUAGAUCAAAUCUCGCUGGUUCACAAAACUUUACUUAGAAAAGCCAACAUUAAAUGGGGCGAUAAAGAAGAACGAGCACUACAGUUUCAUUUGGGGAAUAUAGAGUUUUCGUGUGGUGCGAAGAUGAAAGACGUUUCUUGGAGAAACUGGGAUCAGAAUGAAGCUGUCGCUCUUUUUGCUGGUUCUCAUGCGUUGUUAACGGAUGGCUCAUCGGAGAUAAUAAAAAAACUUGCUGCGGGCACUGAUAUUCGUACAAAUCAUGAGGUCGAAGAGAUUGAAUGGACAAGCGAUAAGAGACGAGUUAUUGUAUACUGCUCUAAUGGAAAACGCUUAGUAGCUGAUAAGGUUCUUAUCGCUUUGCCAUUAUCUGUUCUACAAAAGAAGCAGGUGAAGUUCAAUCCGCCUUUACCUUCAGCAAAGACAUCCGCUCUAUCGAAAAUUGGGGCUGGUUUAAUAGAAAAGGUAGCUGUCAAGUUUCCUAGGAAGUUCUGGGCAUCUGCCACGAAAGGAGGGCAGUGUAACUACUUCAGUUUAGUGCCCAAAAAAGGGAUGGAUCGUGGCUUGUUUAACAUGUUUUACGACUUUUCUACCAGAGGCUCACCAUCGAAACAGCAGAAGUUUGUAUUAAUGUCUUAUGUUUGUGGUGAUAGUGUCAACAUGGUUAAUAAUAUGAGUGAUGUCGAGGUUGUACAUCAUUUUGUCGACGCUUUAAGAUCGAUGUUUCCUGACGAGGAUGUACCAGACCCUGACGGUCAUGUCGUUACCCAUUGGGGUCGUGAUCCUCACAUAGGAAUGUCUUAUUCUUAUGUUCGUGUAGGUGGUAAAGGAGAAGAUUACGAUAACCUAGCUGCCUCUGAAAAUAAGAAGUUAUACUUCUCUGGAGAACAUACUAACCGUUUCUUCCCACAAACUAUGACAGGCGCUUACUUGAGUGGUAUACGAGAAGCAGCUAAAAUGAUUGAAGAUUGUGCCAAAUGA